AUGGCAUUGCUUUUGAUAGGACUCGGACUUUUCUUUGCAGUUGGAGCUGCCACUACUGGUAUACCCCUUGAUAUUGAUAGUCAAGACUCGAUUCGAUCCGCCGCAAGCACGAUUGCAUAUGACCUUGUGAGUUUCUAUUCAGGAAACAGAAGUGGCGACGUUCCAGGUAAUUUACCUUCACCAUACUAUUGGUGGGAAGCAGGUGCAUUUUUUGGAUCUCUCAUCAACUACUCGAUAUUUACUGGGGAUAAAACCUAUAACAACAUUACUCUGGAGGCAAUGGAGCAUCAAGCUGGUGACAAGGGGGAUUUUAUGCCGAGUAACCAGACAUAUACCGAGGGUAAUGACGACCAGUGUUUCUGGGCCCUCAGUGCGAUGAUGGCCGCGGAGCGAAACUUUCCAAACCCAAGUUCCUCGUCACCGAGCUGGCUUUCGAUGGUUCAAGCUGUCUUCAACGAGCAGGCAAGCCGCUGGGAUACAUCGAGCUGUUCCGGAGGUUUGCGUUGGCAAAUAUAUACCUGGAAUGCUGGAUAUGAUUACAAGAAUACAAUUGCAAAUGGCUGUUUCUUUGACAUUGCAGCACGUUUGGCUCGAUAUACAGGAAAUGAUACUUACGCCGAAUGGGCCACCAAGUCUUGGAACUGGGCCAAGGAUGUUGGGCUGAUCACCCCCGACUACCAGGUAUAUGAUGGAACGACGGAUGUCAGCAACUGUACCUCCUAUGAUAGAACUCGUUGGUCAUAUACUGCUGGAAUUUAUCUUCAUGGCACCUCCGUGAUGUACAAUUAUACCUCUUCACUUUCAACCAACUCAUCUUUAUCCUCCACGUGGAAAACUCGACUGAAUGCGCUACUAUCCAAAACUGAUUUUCUUUUCUCGACAAAUGAAAGCAGUAUGAAUGUAAUGUACGAGCCUCCAUGCGAGCUCAAAGGUAUCUGUGACACAGAUCAAUUGUCCUUCAAAGCAUACCUCGCUCGAUGGAUGGCUGAUGUCACUCAACUUGCGCCUUACACAUACGACACCAUAAUGACAAAACUGCGAGCUACUGCACAAGCUGCGGUUGCUCAGUGCCAAGGAGGAAGUACAGGUACAUACUGUGGCUUUCGCUGGUCAAGUGGUAGCUACGAUGGAACCACUGGCGUUGGUCAACAAAUGGGUGUGCUUGAGGUUCUUCAGGGACUCCUCGCAGCUAAUGUCAGUGCGCCAGUCACAUCUACCACAGGCGGAACGAGUAAGGGCAAUAGUGCCGCAGGGACUGGCUCAGAUGAGACAGACACCGAAAUAUAUUACUCCAAAAUAACUACGGGUGAUAUUGCAGGAGCUUCAAUAGCGACGGCAAUGGUGAUUUGUCUGGUACUGGCCGCUGUCUAUACGAUGAUAACUUAG